ACUCAUCCUUCCACAUCGCAGUUCCUGGAUAUCAACCAGCUCCGAGGCCGAGCCGCACAGCUCUUCAUCUUCUCUUCCGUUGAUCUAAAGAUUCCCGCUGGACUUUUAUUGAUUGUCGAUAUAUUUGAACGAAUUGAAUAAUGUCGGUUUCCGCUCGUGUUGCAUCAAGCACAAAAGUGCUCAAAAAUCUAGUCUCAACAGUGCAACAGCUCUACCCCGCCGCUCUGGCCGACAAGACAUGGGACAACACCGGACUCCUACUAGACUCGCCUCCGACGGAGACGACGACGGUCGGGCAGACAGCGCGCGUGCUGCUGACUAUUGAUUUGACCACGGCCGUCGUCGACGAGGCGUUGCAGAAACAGGCGCUUUUGGUCGUUGCCUACCAUCCGAUCAUCUUCCGCCCGCUGAAAUCCCUGUCCCUGGCCAACACCCAGCAACGCUCGCUCAUCCGUCUCGCGCAGGCAGGAAUCAGCGUGUACUCGCCGCACACGGCCGUCGACGCGCAGGUCGGCGGGAUGAACGACUGGCUUGCGCGUGUUGCUACGGGUGUCGACGAAAGCGCGGCGCUGGAGUCGGCGGUGAUUGAGCCGAAUGAGAGUGUGCCGGAGACUGGGUUUGGCAGACUUGUUCGGGUUUCGGACGAGGCGCUCACGCUGCUGAAGAUAAUUGAGAAUGUGAAGAGCGGGUUGGGUCUGAAGCACGUCCAAGUAGCUAUCGCCGACCGCCACAAAAACAUCGACACCGCGACCAUCAAAAGCAUAGCCAUCUGCGCUGGCUCCGGUGGUUCAGUCCUGGGGAAGACCGACGCCGAUCUCUGGUUCACCGGCGAAUUGAGCCACCAUGAGGUUCUUGCGAUCAAAGAGCGGGGAAUCAGUGCUAUUAUCUGUGGGCAUACUAAUACCGAGAGGGGAUAUCUUAGCAGCGUGUUUGCGCCGAGCUUGUUGAGCAAGAUUGCGGAUAAUAAGGAAGAGCUUGGGUCUGCACAUUACGAGGGCUAUGAUAUCGAUGUGGUCGUGAGUGAGCAGGACAGAGAUCCUUUAACUGUCUUCUGAUUUAGUUAUGUACGGUACUAUGUAAAUUGAUAAUCAAUCA